AUGGGAAAUAAACACAGCACUGAAUUUGGUGGUAUUUUUGUUCAAACUUCAAAAGCAUAUUAUUUUCCUGGAGAAAUGAUUCAAGGAACCAUAAGUUUAAAUAUUACCAAACCUGGUUACCCUGGAAGAAAACUUUACAUUAGCCUUACUGGGAAAGAAAUAUUGCAUGGUGCCUUUGAUAUCAAUGAAAAUAGUGAUGAUGAAGGUGUAUUAUCAACGAAUACAACUUAAAAAAUAUUAAAGAAUGAAAUUGUGCUUUAUGAGUUCCAAUAACCAACUAUUCCUAUGGGUUAAUUCACAACUACAUUUACCUUCUAACUACCUUCCAACAUCCCUGGGACCUAUAAUAAAAUACAUUUGAGUAGUGCGUUUGAGAGAAUCAUAUAUAAAGUGAAAGGGUAUGUCGUGCCAACUAAGGGAUACAAAACAAUGAGCCACAUUUAAUAGAUUUAAGUUAGAGAACCUAUUUACUUUCCUGAAUAACAGAUAAUUGGAGAUGGGAAAGUUGGAGACAAUGGAUAUUGCUGUCGAGAAAAAGGAAGCGCCUAAAUUACUGCCGUGACAGAUAGGAAUGUUUAUAGGAUUGGAGAAGCCAUAAGAAUAUUAAUAGAGGUUAUCGAUGAGGAGAGGUAUUAGAAACCAGAAAAAAUAAUUAUACAAUUGGAAAACAUAACAUAAUACAAAUAUAAAAACAACAUAGAAACAAGGAGCAAAAUCAUUGCUGAAGAGUAAAUCUCAACAACAACAAAGAAAUUAGGAUCCUAUAAGGUACUAAAUCAGCAAGAAGUGGUGCUGUUUGCUCAAUUAAAAAAUCAUAAUAACAACGAUUAAUAUAAUAUGAUUUAACCAUCGACCAAUGGAGAAAUAAUCAAAUCACAUUAUCAAAUUGUGAUAAGAGCUAGUUUUGGAAUAAGUUGUUGCAACCAAAGUGAAUGCCUUGAAUUGCCUAUCUAGAUUUUGUCAUCCACAGUAUUGCAAUAGCAGUCCAUAUAACCUCCUUUAGGAUGGAACCCAAUGCAACUUAAUGAUGAGAAUCUUCAACUCUUAGCAGCUGCAAAACAAAGUGGCACUAGUUUACAUUCGUUUUCUACAUAUUAGAAAACUUUGUAAGGUAGAAACAGCUAUAACGAAUAAUAAGAAUCCUAAAGAUCAAUCAGAGUUGGAAAUUCAGUUCGAUCAAUCUAAUCUUUAAAUUAUUAAAUGAACUGA